GUCAUCUCCUGUACUGUCCGCAGUCUCUGGUCUCCCUGUGCUGUCCGCAGUCUCUGGUCAUCCCUGUGCUGUCCGCAGUCUCUGGUCAUCCCUGUGCUGUCCGCAGUCUCUGGUCAUCCCUGUGCUGUCCGCAGUCUCUGGUCAUCCCUGUGCUGUCCGCAGUCUCUGGUCAUCCCUGUGCUGUCCGCAGUCUCUGGUCAUCCCUGUGCUGUCCGCAGUCUCUGGUCAUCUCCUGUACUAUGUCCGCAGCCUCGGUCAUGUCCUGUACUAGGUCCGCAGCCUCUGGUCAUGUCCUGUACUAGGUCCGCAGCCUCUGGUCAUGUCCGCAGCCUGUACUAGGUCCGCAGCCUCUGGUCAUGUCCUGUACUAGGUCCGCAGCCUCUGGUCAUGUCCUGUACUGUGUCCUGCCUCUGGUCAUGUCCUGUACUGUGUCCGCAGCCUCUGGUCAUGUCACUGUCCGCAGCCUCUGGU